UCUACCUUAUGGAUAUUUUCUCUUAUUUCUCUCUGGCAGAUACAGCCGAAUUCUUGACAUUUAGGGGAUGUAGCAGAGUGAAUGAGAAAAGAAGCUGAUCAAAGUUUCAUGCUCUAUUAGCUGGAAAGAAAAAAAAGCGCACCACCUUGUAAUCACAUUUGCAAGAUUAAUUGGUUAAUAGACAUUAAGAUAAAAAUGGACAUCACUAAUAUUAUUCCAUAAUGAACAGCUUCUCAAGAAAAUAAUUAGGUCUACUCUUCCCUGCUACUUAAAUUUUACAAAACAUACGUAAAUUACUGCCUAUUGGGACAUUUUUGGGGAAAAGUCAAUUGGGGGGAAUCUUUUAAUCAGUCAGAAAGAGUAAACAAGGCACUUAGCUCAAAGCCAGUUUAAAAUUUACAUACGUGCUUUGUUUUUUAAAAAUGAUAAGUCUUGGGAGGGGGUGUCCAGUGGCCAAGGAAGGAAGAUGUCUCUUUAUGACAGCUUAAUAGAGAGCCCUCCAUCGGGCAUUACUUUCUAAAUUGCUGAGGAUUAAACAUCUGGAGAGCCCACGGAGGUCGACUCAAGUGGGGCUGCCCGCUUUUGCCCAGACAGGGUCAUACCUAGGGGAGCGAGAAUUCACCAGUCAUUACACACGCGGUAUUCCACACAGGCGACACUUCAGGCCUGCCCUGUACCUGCUCACUUCAUGAGGCACAUGCAUCUCAGUCCACCCCCUUGUAUAACAAGGCUGCAGAGAAAGGUUAGCUGACACGGAAUCAGUAGCCCUGACACUCCACUGGAAAUCCAUUCGCCAUGCUCGGCUGUCUCCGCCUGCUCGCUAAUGCUGCUCCCCUCUUUGGAAGAAAAAAAAAUCAGCUCCCGGGCACCCAGUUCAACACAGAAGACGAGAGAAGAGGAGCUUUCUCCCUAGGUGAUGGAGGAUUCCAGCAUCCAGCGAGGCAUCUGGGAUGGAGAUGCUAAGGCUGUCCAACAAUGUCUGACAGAUAUUUUUACCAGCGUGUACACCACCUGCGACAUCCCUGAGAAUGCUAUAUUCGGUCCCUGCGUCCUGAGCCAUACUUCCCUGUACGACAGCAUAGCUUUUAUAGCCCUCAAGUCCACUGACAAGAGAACAGUCCCUUAUAUCUUCCGGGUAGACACCUCAGCGGCAAAUGGUUCCUCAGAAGGUCUCAUGUGGCUGCGUCUGGUCCAAUCAGCCAGAGAUAAGGAAGAGCAGAACCUUGAAGCCUAUAUAAAAAAUGGACAGCUGUUUUACCGCUCUCUCCGCAGGAUUGCCAAAGACGAGGAGUUACUAGUUUGGUACGGGAAAGAACUGACUGAGUUACUCUUGCUCUGCCCCUCUAGAUCCCACAGCAAAAUGAAUGCAGGGUCGUCCCCUUACACAUGCCUGGAAUGCAGCCAACGUUUCCAGUUUGAGUUCCCCUAUGUGGCGCAUCUGCGCUUCCGCUGCCCCAAGAGACUUCACAGCGCAGAUAUGAGCCCCCAAGACGAGCAAGGCGGCGGCGUGGGUACCAAGGAUCACGGGGGCGGCGGCGGUGGCAAGGACCAGCAGCAGCAGCAACAGGAGGCACCCUUGGGUCCGGGCCCCAAGUUCUGCAAAGCCGGCCCCAUCCACCACUACCCGGCCCCCUCCCCCGAGGGCAGUACCCCGCCUGCGGCUGGCGGCGGCAACAGCGCGAAGCCAUCCACGAACUUUCACAACCUGGCCCGGGAGCUGGAGAACUCCGGGGGAGGCAGCAGCUGCUCCCCGGUGCGGAGCCUCGGCGGCGGCCCGGGCGGCGGCGGCCACCAGGAGGCGGAGCUGAGUCCCGACGGCAACGCCGGCGGCGGCGGCAAAGGGAAGAGGAAGUUUCCGGACGAGGCGGCGGAGGGCGGCGGCGGCGGCGGCGCGGGGCUGCUGGGGGGCCGGGGCCGCUUCGCGGAGCGGCCCCUGCCCGCCUCCAAGGAGGACCUGGUGUGCACCCCGCAGCAGUACCGCGCCUCGGGCAGCUACUUCGGCCUGGAAGAGAACGGCCGCCUCUUCGCGCCGCCCAGCCCCGAGACCGGCGAGGCCAAGCGCAGCGCCUUCGUGGAGGUCAAGAAGGCGGCCCGAGCGGCCGGGCUGCAGGAGGAGGCCGCCGCCGACGGCGGGGGCGCGGCCACCGAGGACCAGGAUGCGGGCGGCGGCGGCGGCUCCUCCACGCCAGUAGCCGCGUCGCCGGCAGGCGCCGAGAAGCUGCUUGCCCCGCGGCCUGGGGGCCCGCUGCCCGGCCGGCUGGAGAGCGGCAGCCCGGCGCGGAGCAGCGCCUUCACCUCGGUGCCGCAGCUGGGCGGCGGGGGCGGCGGCGGCGCGGGGGCCGGCGGGGGUGCGGGGGCCACGGGCGGGGCGGGCGGCGGCCAGGGCGCGGCGGCGGACGAGCGCAAGAGCGCCUUCUCGCAGCCGGCGCGCUCCUUCGCGCAGCUGUCCCCGCUCGUGCUGGGCCAGAAGCUGAGCGCGCUCGAGCCGUGCCACCCCGGCGACGGCGUGGGCCCCACCAGACUUUACCCCGCCGCCGGCGACCCUCUGGCCGUGAAGCUCCAGGGCGCCGCGGAUCUGAACGGAGGCUGCGGGGCCCUGCCGAGCGGCGGCGGCGGCGGCGGCCUGCCCAAGCAGAGCCCCUUCCUCUACGCCACCGCCUUCUGGCCCAAGAGCUCCGCGGCGGCGGCGGCGGCGGCGGCGGCGGCAGCCGGGCCCCUGCAGCUGCAGCUGCCCUCGGCGCUCACGCUGCUGCCGCCCUCCUUCACCUCGCUGUGUCUGCCCGCGCAGAACUGGUGCGCCAAGUGCAAUGCCUCCUUCCGCAUGACCUCCGACCUGGUGUACCACAUGAGGUCGCACCACAAAAAGGAGUACGCCAUGGAGCCCUUGGUGAAGCGGCGGCGGGAGGAAAAACUCAAGUGCCCCAUUUGCAACGAGUCCUUCAGGGAACGCCACCACCUCUCCAGGCACAUGACCUCGCAUAACUGACACGGAAAGGACCCCAGCUUUCCACGCGCGCGCACGCACAGUCAAGCCACCUGCAGGAAUAAACAUGCGAGGACAUCCACCACCUCCUUGUUACUGAAACUUUGCACCCCAGAGACAGAUAGACACACUCGCACACGUGCUUCCCCCCCAGCCUCCUCAUUCAAAUGUUUACCGGAGACCUACACACACACACACAUACACACGCACGCACACACGAGACAGGAUGGUGGAUUUUCGAUUGAGUGGGUUGUUUGAGGGGUUUUCUUUUGAAUGCACGCAUUUUCACUUUCCCAAAAACAAAGGUACAUUUUUAAAAAUGUCAUAUAUUGCAACAUAUUGAUGCAUUUGUCAUACGUUUCUACUUAAAUUAUUAAGCACUUACGGUUUAGAUGUAAUAAUUAUAUGUAAGGGCAAAAUUUAUUUUAGAUAUAAAGUAAAGGUGGAGCCUGAGAUGCUUUCUGCAUUUCUCGAUGACGGUUUGUGUUCUUACAAAAAUAAACAAAACUAAUAAAAAGGGGGUCACCAUUCAAUUUAAGUUUCCAGGGGAAAGUGCAUGUAUCAUGAAAUGAUUAUGGACUUCAAUGAAGAAUGUCAUCAGUAUGUAAAUAUGUAUUUCCUUUUAAUACAAAGUGUAAUUUUGUGCCAGUGAAAUGGAGUCUGAAUAGUUAUGUGUUUCUUUUAUCCCUGGAAAGAUUUAUUAAACUUUAUAGAUUAUCCCGGUAUGUUGGAUGCUUUGACAAUAAAUGACUAUUUUCUUCAAAGCAA